AUGCUCUAUCAUGGGGAUUGUCUGCACGUUAGCUUCACUCAUGCUUCCUGUGAUUACACUGAGCGUCGUCAGCUCUGGCUGGAUGUGGAUCCUUUCAUGGUAGGUCAUUUUCUUAUGAUUGGUGAUUUCAACGCGGUCUUGGGUGCUCAUGAGCGUCGGGGUCGUAGAAAUCUAGCUUCUAGGCCUUGCUCCGAGUUUCGUUCUUUCAUUGAGGAUCACGACUUGAUUCAGCCUGAUUCCUCUGGUCCUUUCUUUACUUGGACGGAUCGGCGGAGGUUCCCUUCUCCGAUUGAGUCUGUUCUGGACAAAGCCCUUUUCUCUCAGGACUUCUCAGAUGUUUGGUAUUCUGCUUCUGCGUUGGUUCUCCCUAGGCUGGGUUCCGAUCACUCUCCUAUUCUUUUGAGAUGCCAGGAUACGGCCUCUACCCCGGCAGGUCAUCCGUUUCGGUUCCUGAAUAUGUGGUGCUCUCAUGAGGGGUUUUUGGAUCAGAUUCGUGCCUCUUGGUCUUCACCGCUGGAUUAUCUUUGUCCUAUGGGUUUGAGUCUCCUUCAGGAGGGAAUUGAUGAGCAGGGCUACACGGAUGAUCUUCUUGACCAGGAGGUUAGUUUGCAGGCUCGCAUUGACACGAUCCUCUUGCCGAAAUCUGAACACCUGCGGCAGCAAAGUCGGGUCUCUUGGCUUUCUGACGGUGAUAGAAAUACCCGUUUUUUCCAUUCUAUGGUGAAAUGGCGUCGUUCAAACCAAACCAUCAAGAAGCUUAGUAUCGAUGGCGUUAUGUCGGAGGAUUCGGCCACCAUGGCGGCUCAUGUGGUUCAUUUCUAUAAGGAUCUUUUUUCUGAGCCGAGUUCUGGGGUUGUGGAUAGAUCCUGGGUCUCUGGAUACAUUCCAUCUUCUGUCACUGCAGCUCAGUCUGCUUUGCUUACUACGCUCCCCUCUGCUGAUGAUAUUCGCUCGGUGGUCUUCUCUAUGCAUGGGAAUAGUGCCCCUGGCCCGGAUGGGUUUAAUGGUGCCUUCUUCCAUCAUUCUUGGGAGGUGGUGGGGGAGGAUAUGGUUGCCGCGGUGAGACGUUCUCUCUUGGUUAUCUUCCUCACGGGCUCAACUCCAAUCUUCUAUGCCUUCUUCCCAAGAAAGCGGAUGCGGUUCUUGUUUCGAAUUAUCGACCUAUUAUUCUCGGAGUGUAUUUUGCUUGCUUCUGAAGAUGUCAACUGCAUAGAACGUUCGAUUCAGGGGAGAAAUAUGGCCCUCAAGGUCGACAUCCGGAAGGCCUUUGAUACUUUGAGCUGGGAGUUUGUUGAUGUAGUUUUGGACAGCUUUGGGUCCCCUCUUCUUUUCCGUCAGUGGAUCAGCGUCAUCUUCCAGUCGGCUAGGAUUUCUGUCCUCUUUAAGCAGCACGGGUUCUUUAGCUGCUCCCGUGGGGUUCGGCAGGGUGAUCAUUUAUCUCCUAUUUUGUUUGCUUUAGCUGAGGAGGUUUUGAGCCACCUUCUUUUGGAUGCUGCGGAUAAGGGCUUCAUUGGUCGUAUGAGGAUGUUUCGUUCGCUGCUUUUCCCUUCCCAUCUCCUGUAUGCCGAUGAUGUUCUUUUAUUUUGUAAAGUUGACAGACGCAGUUGCAGGAUGAUUGAGUCUAUCCUUCAGAUUUAUGCUAAUGUCUCGGGUCAAUACUGUAAUAAAGCCAAAUCCACCGUCUAUUUUGGCAAAGGGGUCUCUCUUCAGUUACGUCGCCGGCUUCAGAGGGAUUUGGGCUUCUUCUCUGGUUUCCUGCCUUUCGUCUAUUUGGGAGUACCUGUCUUCGCUGUCGUGCCUCUUCUGCUCGUCUGGCUUGCAUUCAGGAUCGCAUCAUUGCUUAUUUUCCUAAGUGGCAAGAUUUUUCCGGACAUUACUGUUGACAUCGUGUCUGUUCCUAUCAAUGGUGGGGAGAAUCGCCGGGCUUGGACUCAUUCUCAUUUUGGAGAUGUCUCCUCUGCGCUUGCCAUGGAUCAUGCUCCCUACGGCCAGUUCUAUGAGUCGCUCUGGGUUUGGGGUUCCCUCUUCACUUGGUUCAGGGUGGAUGGUUCGUCGAUCCAAGAAAUUGGGAGCUUCAUCAUUUGGGCUAUGAAAAGGCCGGUGAGCAAGCAGGAGAACAACCUCUGGCGGGUUGGUGUUAUGUCUGCUAUUUGGAGUCUCUGGAAUCUCAGGAACAAAGCUAUUUUUGAUGAGGCUCCGGUUUCCGUUGUGGCUCUGGCUAUUCAGGUCAAAGCCUUCAUCCUGGAAGCCUCUCGUAUCAGUCUGGGGGAGAUGGCUAAUUCUGUUGAGGAGCUUCUUAUUCUUCAUGGUCUUGGGGUGCCGGGUAGACCUCAUCGCCCUACAUCUUACAUUUAUGUGUUUUGGCUUCCCCCUCCUCAUCCGUGGCGAAAGAUUAAUAUUGAUGGCUCGGUUCAUUGA